UCCAAUCAAGUUGCGCGUUCGGGUUCACUAAUUAGUUAACUUGGCACGUGCCACAAUGCCCAGUCGCUGAAAUAAAAUGAUAUGGUGCUGCCUGUUGAGAAGAAAAGAACAGCGAAGCCCCCUUGGUUUUAUAUGCCUGUGCAUCGGCCGUUGACUGUCUACCAAGUACGAACGCCAUCAGAAACCCCCGAGCCAAAAACACCCCGACACAGGUCAGCUACCGAGUUGCUGCUUGCCCAUGUAGCUGGGCCAAUCUACUCGGUGAACCCCCCAUAUAAAAAAAAUCCUCACCCCACAUGUCCAUAUAAGACACAUGCGGAUGUCCGCACUAUCGCAUGCGACGCAUGGUGAUCUGCGUCCUUGCUUUGGAUGGACCCAAUGGGAUCGAGCAGUCACUGUCUUUCGAGAGUCAUUCGUCCUCUAUCUUCCGUGAUAAUAUCAUUUGCUCAUUAAACCAGACCAUUAUAUUGCUUGCAGUCCUUACUUGACUCAUCUCAUCUAUCAUCUGAUGAGAUCAUC